ACCCUGGUUCUAUGGAGUUGUUACUUGUAACAAACUCUGCUCUUUUUACUCACGGUACCUAUAUAUAUCUUCUGAUCUUAAAAUCUAAAUGCAUUGAAUUGAAUCUUUUUCAAUCAAAGCUACUUGUAUACUAAUGUCUUCCCACCGCGAAAUCUCAACGGAUGAGACCGGAAGUUUCGCAAGUUUACCGGACGAAGUGAUCUGCCAGAUUCUCUCUCUUCUUCCCACCAAAAAAGUAAUCGCAGCAAGCAUUCUUUCAAAGAGAUUGCGUCGUCUAUGGAAUUACAUUCCUGCCCUUAACUUCGGCAACAUCAAAGUGAAAACCCUAGCAGAUAAUAACCGUUUCAACGAAUUCGUCGACACUCUUUUGUUCUCACGAGAACGCGCUGGUUCUCAUUCAAUCGACCGUUUCUGGCUCGACAUUGAAUAUGAUUACCCUUACAUUGCUUAUCAUAAAAGCUUUCCCAAUGUUAUCAAUUGGAUUAACUAUGUUGUUAAACAGAAUGUUCAAUUUCUUAAUCUUACUUUCAGUGUUGUUUAUGAUCCUGGUCAUACAGGACCUAAUUUACCUAUUAGUGUUUUUAGUUGUAGAACCCUAGUUGUUCUUAAGCUUCGUUGGUUCAGUGUGGAAGAAGACUCUUGUUUUAAUUUUGUUGGAUUUCCAUCGCUUAAAGCUCUUCAUUUGAAUGAUAUUUACUUUGAUAAAUAUGAAGAUUUUUUGUUGCUUCUAGGUGGAUGUCCUGUUCUUGAAGAUUUGAAAGUGUCUGAUGUGUAUUCUUUUAGAACGGAUCCUUUGGAUUUUGAUAGUUCAAGCUUAAGUAAGUUGAAUAGAGCGUAUAUUAUUGGUUGUCGUUGCGAUUAUUGGGUGAAAGCACUUUCAAAUUUGGAGUAUAUGCGCAUACAGCUUUGGAAGGGCUAUCACCCUACUAACUUUCCUAUCUUCCAUAACUUGACCCACUUGGUGCUUAACUACAACUGGGAUGUAGUUGUAGAAGUGCUCAAUCACUGCCCUAAGCUUCAAAAUCUCGACCUUUAUCAGAAUAUACGAAGCGAUCUAGAUGAGGAUGACUAUAUUACAGAAGAUGACCAAGACAAUUGGGACGAACCAACAUUUGUUCCACAAUGCCUUUCAUCAUACCUCAGAACUUGCACUAUUCGUGACUUUGCAUUUGCAGGCCUACGACGUCACCUUAUGUUAGCAGGAUAUAUUCUAAAGCAUGCAAAAGUUUUAGAAACCAUGAUAAUUUGGUGUAAUAGGGAACGACCUGGAAUAGAAAGUAUAUUGUCCUCAUGCGCAAAGGCCUCUGCAACAUGUCAACUUUCAAUUUAUUGAUAACAUAUAGUAGGAUAUGUAAGUAAUGGUUUCUCUGUUCUGAAUGGUGGCUCAAUGUUGUGAAAUGGUGGCUGUAGCAGCGCUAUCUUUAUUGUUUAGUAGGCAGAAUUUGAAUAUAUUUUAGUUUUGUGACUGCAA